AGGGGGGGGGGGGGGGGCAGGGUAUCUUGUUCCCAAGGGGGUGGUCACUCUCUGAGGGCUCUAUCUCCCCUGAGCUUCACUGGUCCUCCCUGGACCUCCUCUUGGCGUCAUUCGUCCCCGUGGAGUUCAUCCCCCUUGAAGGGGUCGCUCGCUCCAUUAUUCCCUCGCCCCUCUCCUCAGGGAUCAUUCGUUCCCGAGGAGGAGUCACCUCAGCCCCCGGGCUCAUUCCCCCUGAGAAGGUCGCUCGUCCUCCGGCCCCCCUGAGGCGGCAGGGCACUCGUACCCGAGGGGGAGGUCACGCCUUCCGCCCGGCCCCGUCCCCUCAGGGCCAGCGCCGCCUCCUUCCGGGCCCUCCCCGCCGCGAACAGCGAUUCCAGGCGGGGCUCCCGGGAAGGGACGCGGCGGCGGAGCCGGCAACCGGGCCUAGAGCGCAGGGCCGGGCGGCUCGGCGGCGGCGCCAUGGCGGGCUGCUGCGCGGUGCUGGGGGCCUUCCUGUUCGAGUACGACACGCCGCGCAUCGUGCUCAUCCGCAGCCGUAAAGUGGGGCUCAUGAACCGCACGGUGCAGCUGCUCAUCCUGGCCUACGUCAUCGGGUGGGUGUUUGUGUGGGAAAAGGGUUACCAGGAAACAGACUCUGUGGUCAGCUCAGUUACUGUGAAAGCCAAGGGCGUCACCAUGACCAACACUUCUAAACUUGGAUUCCGGAUCUGGGAUGUAGCUGAUUAUGUGAUUCCAGCUCAGGAGGAAAACUCUGUCUUCAUCAUGACCAACAUGGUCAUCACCAUGAACCAGACACAAGGCUUCUGUCCUGAGAUCCCGGGUAAGACCACUAUGUGUGAAACUGAUGCCAACUGCACUGCCGGCUCUGCAGGCACCCACAGCAGCGGAGUCGCGACAGGGAGGUGCGUGUCAUUCAAUGGGACCUUGAAGACAUGCGAGGUGGCAGCCUGGUGCCCGGUGGAGGACGACACAGAAGUGCCAAAGCCUGCUUUUUUAAAGGCUGCAGAAAACUUCACUCUUUUGGUUAAGAACAACAUCUGGUAUCCCAAAUUUAACUUCAGCAAGAGGAAUAUCCUUCCCAACAUCACCACCGCCUACCUCAAAACAUGCAUUUAUGAUGCGAAAACAGAUCCCUUCUGCCCCAUAUUCCGACUUGGAAAAAUUGUGGAGAAUGCAGGGCACAGCUUCCAGGACAUAGCCACUGAGGGAGGCAUCAUGGGCAUCCAGAUCAAGUGGAACUGCAACCUGGACAGGGCCGCCUCCUUCUGCCUGCCCAGGUAUUCCUUUCGCCGCCUGGACACCCGGGACACAGCCCACAAUGUAUCCCCAGGCUACAAUUUCAGGUUUGCCAAGUACUACAGUGACCCAAAUGGUGCUGAGCACCGCACGCUCAUCAAAGCCUAUGGCAUCCGCUUUGACAUCAUUGUGUUUGGAAAGGCUGGGAAAUUUGACAUCAUCCCCACCAUGAUCAACAUUGGUUCCGGCUUGGCGCUCUUAGGGGUGGCGACAGUGCUGUGUGACGUCAUAGUCCUCUACUGCAUGAAGAAGAGAUAUUACUAUCGCGAGAAAAAAUAUAAAUACGUGGAAGAUUAUGAGCAGGGUCUUGGUAAUCAGAUGGACCAAUGAUGCCCACCCCUCACCUGGGCUCUCCAUGGCCCUAAUCAGAGCACAGCGAGGAAGGAUAAAAGGCUGCCACGUCACCCCAGAGAAAGUUCCAGAUUCUGAGUCGUCUCCAUAGCACUGCAGGGUUGCCCAGCUGCUCCCGCGUUCUCUAUGUAGGGUUUGUGCAGUAAACCACUCUGCACAGUGGCAACCGGCUCACCUCUGCUGCGCCUUCAGUUCAGUAUCACUGGGCUGAGCUCUGGCCCAAGGCCAGUGAUGCAGCAAUGGCUGCAUGGGGGCCUUCUCCAGGGCCGGCUUUCCUCAGCAUCUUCCACCUCCAGCCCCUUGGGAGACCAGGCCGGUCCUCCAAGGCCCGACAGCUCCAUUCAAGCACUUUAUGAGGAAGGCAGGACCCCUGGGUGCGGUCAUAGCUCUUUAGCACUCUGGGCCACUGUUCCUCUUCCCCCAACCGAGGCCUCAACCCCACACUUGUGAGGCGGAGCCAGUGUUUUUCCUUUGUGAAGAGCUACACUAAAUGACUGAGGACCAAACAUUAAAACAAAUGACUUUCUUAA